AUGUCCCAGAGUUCAUCGUCGGCGCGUCGCAUCCGGGCACCCCCACCCCCGCUGCCAUUGAUCAUGUGCCCAAGGUGCACCGGGACGAGGACUAGGUGGUUUGUGUCCGGGACGGAACGCAACCCGGGCAUCCGUUUCUACAAGUGCCCGAACCAGUUGGACGGAGGCCCUUGCGAUUUUUGGCUGUGGGAGGACCAGUACGCGUUCUACAUCACUGCCGUUGGCAUCAACCUCCUCAUCGAGGCUGCUGGAGGUGGGAGCAACGUCAUGUUCGGGAUGGGGCGCGCCAUGGAAGACAUACGCGUCGCAGCUAGGAACACCAUGAUGAUCUGUUUGCUAAUGCUGUUCGUGGUGCUUGCCAAGGGAGCCGGCUGGCAGUAA